AAGGAUGAGAGAUCAAGAGAGAAAGAAGUGUCUUGUUUUGUUUUACUCGAGUGCAUUAUUGACGUUGAAUGCAUCGAAACCGUCUUUAGACGUAAUAUGCGAUUUUUUUGGCAAGUGUGGCAUAGAGGUUGUUAAGCUGGAAAAGGCUGAUUUGGUCGAGUAUUGGCGCAAAUUAGUUCGAAUAAACGCGGUGAGUUCGAGCGAAUCGGUUAGCGCUAAAAAAGAGCAUUCCGAAAACAAGCCCGUCUUCUAUCAAGACAUAAAACAAGAACAUGUCAUAGAAUUGGUAGACGAGGUUAUUGAUUACCUUGCACUGUAUCCGGAAUUGCUUGGAAGUUUGGUGAUUUUGGAGAUUACAAAUUAUCGAUCUCUUGUAAUACCCACUGUAUCUGAAUACAGAUUCGUACCGCUUUCUCCGUUGUUUGAGCCGUUUAUGAUUAUGCCGAGUGGAGUUGUUCUGUCUAGUUCUGUUUCGUCGGCCGGUCAUCAGGUGGAUAGAGAAGCUGAGCAUCAUCAUUGGCAUUAUCUUCUCAACCGCGCGCUUAAGCUCCCUGUGGCGCUGCAGCUGCCAGAUGAGUGCGACGUGGCGUCUGCGGACAUAGCCUUCAUGAAUUCCUCGACCUGUUUUGUAGGGUCCGGGAAUUGGACGAGCGAAGAAUCAAUCAGAUGCAUGUUGGAUGCGAAGGUUUUUGGUACGAACCGCGUUGUCUUGGUUCGAAACUUGUUUGACCUCAACUUGGACAUGCGCCCCUUCUUGGAUUCGGUUCUCUUCGUCGUAGACGAGAAUGUGGUCGCCGUGAAUGCCUCGAUCGUCGAUUCGUCGAACCCGAGUUUUACUCGGCUCGUCCAGGAAUACGUGAUGGGAGAUUCUGGCUACGAGUUGAUGGUCAACAACAUGGAGCUCGUUAGGUAUCUGAAGUAUCGUAAGAUCGAGGUGAUUUCGGUUCCUGAAACGUUAUUUUUCAGAAGUUUGGCGCUGUUGAGAAUAGCGCCCAGGACCUUCUUGAUCGCCGAGAACCAGCAGGAAUUGGCUUCGUAUUACAAAGAAAAAUGUCCGAAUAUUGCUUAUAGCAUAUGGUCUUACGAGGCUUGUUUUUUGCAAAAUUUGGCGCAUUCUGUCAUAUUCGAAUCGCCAAUUUGGAAAGUGGAUGAUCCCGUUGUCAUGGAAGAUGCGUCCUCUUUGGAGGAGGAGGAGCUGUCGAGGGUCUGUUACCCCAUAUGUCCUCGAGUAACGGACGACGAGAGUUGCAGACGUCGCCAGACAACCAACCGAAUUUUAAUGGUGGCGCCAAUUGGAUUCUGUUCUAAUCAGCAAACGCUGGUCGACAAUAACUUCGCAAGUCAGGAAUCCGAAUUAACCCCGGACGUGGUCGAACGUUUUGCUCUCUUAGAAUUUGGUGCCUUAUACCAGGCAUUAGUCAGGGCAGGAAUUCAAAUUCAAUUAGUUCGUAACGAGCGAUUUUUCCACGCACCCGAUUCCGUCUUUCCCAACAAUUGGUUUUCUACGCAUUCCGGCCGCGAAGCACCGCACGGAGUGUCUACUCUUGUCCUCUAUCCGAUGAAGGCCCCUUCUAGACGAGCAGAGCGCCGUCCACACAUAGUUCGCUUCCUUCAGAGCCUCUAUCCCAAAACGGUCGACUUGAGUUUCCACGAGCAAGAUGACAAGUAUCUGGAAGGCACGGGCGCUCUGGUCCUCGACCGAGUCAACAAGAUCGCCUAUAGCAGCCUCAGCAAGCGAUCUGACAAGGAACUUGUGCUCAAGUGGUGCAAGACAUUCGAAUAUGAACCGAUAGUCUUCUCAGCCACUGAAGACGAGGGCCGUCCAAUUUACCACACCAACACGAUAAUGUGGAUUGGCACUUGCGUGGCUGUUGUCUGCCUCGACAUGAUCAAGGAUCCCGGUGAACAAGAACUUGUUCGCAGCUCUUUGUCAGCACAUCGAGAACUGAUUGCUAUCGCACCACCUCAAGUUGCUGCUUACUGUGGAAACGUGUUGGAGUUGUCUGGCGAAUCCGGCCAGAAGAUCCUGGUUAUGUCCAAAAGCGCCUAUGACGGAUUCGGGGACACGAUUCGGCAGUUCGAAAACCGCUCGUACAGAAUCAUAGCUGCUGAAAUAGACAACAUACAAAAAUUUGGGGGCGGCGGCGCACGUUGUAUGAUCGCCGAACUGUUCUGACGAGAGAGUCUGUCUCGCUUCAGAGGAUAUCGCGCGCCGCGAGCUGCGCGCCUCGGGCUUACGGGGGGUGCCAGGAGCGGCCGCACAUCGCACGCGCUCUCUCGCAGACUUCAGGCGUGCCCGAGUGUCAGCUCUGUAACUAAUCGCGCAGGUCUUGGCGUCGCUUCUCCAAAAGAAACCGGAUCCUCUGCCGGCCCUCCGCGCACAAGAGGAGACGAACCGGUCUCGGCUGGAACGGCCCUUGAAGGGA